UGCAAAUAACAAAAACUAAAAGGAUUUUACCUCUCUAGAUUUACUCUAAACCCUGAAACUAAAAGUUGGUAAUAUUUCAUCACCUGGACCUUGCAAAACUUGUGCAGUCAUGUCUAUCAAUAGAUCGGCAGGACUCCAAUUAUUUCAAGGCGAGCUGACUGUGCAACAACACAAAGAUGUUGAACUAAAAUUCAAGAAGGUCAAAUAUUCAUCUGAGCACUUGAAGGGAUCGAAAGUCGGCCAGCUUUAUCUUACGAAUUUCAGAGCAUUUUUUGUGAACAGCAAAACAAAUGACAUGCUACAAAAUUUUAGCAUGCCAUUCAAACUCAUAAAGGAUUUUGAGAUCAAGCAACCUGUGUUUGGCGCGAACCACUUAGAAGGAAAAAUAAUGGCUGAAGAAGGAGGUGGAUGGCAAGGUUCCGCAGAAUUUGAAAUGACAUUCAAGGCUGGAGGUGCAAUCGAAGUUGGUGAAAGUCUUAUAAAAAUGGCUAAGAAUCCUCGGAUGAUGUAUAUUGCCCAACCAGCCCCAAUCAUUGUCACCGGGGUUCCACAGGGCAUGCCAAUUCAGCCAGGUUAUGCUCCACCACCCAUGGGGUAUCAACCAACAGCUCCUCCAUUGUACUCACAGUAUCCAACCCAACCUCCAUACAAUCAAGGUCCUCCCAUUCCUCCUUAUCCGGCUGAACCGUCAUACCAACCCACAGAUCCAAAGUCACAGGAAGCUAUGGCUUCUGGAUCAUCUUAUCUUCCUCCUGGUUAUUCUGCUCCUGCCCAGAAUCCUCCUUCAUAUUAUGAUACGACAAAGAAAGAUCAAUAAACGUAAAGAUGUGUAUUGUGUGUUUGCUGUGCAAUAAUUUUUAUUCUUGUUAAAAUGUAUAUUUCACAAUAUAUUUGUUUGUAAUUGGAUGUGACACCAGAUAGUCAUAAUUGUUCAGGAAAGAUUUCGCCAUUUAUGUGAUGAAAUUCUUAUUGGUUAUGUAAUUAUAGAUAUCAAUUUUUUUCGUUUGAACAUGCUUGCUAUACCUUUAUUUUUAGUUACCGGUAUAUGUUUUUCGAGUCUUUCUAACUGUGUCAGAUUUUCUGGGCCUGGAAUUCAAUACUAAUAUUAAUUAUGUAGAUAGUCAAUGAUUCAAUAUUUCUAAUAUUUAUCUUUCAUGUCGUGUUCGUAAUUAACCCUAGUUCACAUUCUCUUUUGUUAAUAGAUUGUAUUUUUGUGUGCACCAAUAAUUGUGGAAACUCUUUCUAUUGUGUUA